AACUCAGACGCCCCAGAUCCGAGAUGGGGGCGAUGGCUCCGCGCGCGAUGCUCCUGCUGCUGGCGGCCGCCCUGGCCCCGACCCGGACCCGCGCGGGCUCGCACUCGCUGCGGUAUUUCCACACCAUCGAGUCCCGGCCCGGCCUCGGGGAGCCCCGGUUCAUCUCUGUCGGCUACGUGGACGACACGCAGUUCGUGCGCUUCGCCAGCGACGCAGAGACUCCGAGGGUGGAGCCGCUGGCUCGGUGGGUGGAGCAGGAACCGGAGUAUUUGCUGAGGGAGACGCGGAGAGCCAAGGGCUGGGAGCAGGCUUUCAGAGGAAACCUGAGGACCCUGCUGGACUACUACAACCAGAGCAAGGGCCAUCCCCCAAAGACACAUGUGACCCAUCACCCAACACUGAAAGGAGACAUCACCCUGAGGUGCUGGGCCCUGGGCUUCUACCCUGCUGAGAUCUUCAUGACCUGGGAGAGGGAUGGGGAGGAACAGACUCAGGACAUGGAACUGGUGGAGACCAGGCCUGCAGGGGAUGGAACCUUCCAGAAGUGGGCAGCUGUGGUGGUGCCUUUUGGGGAGGAGCAGAGAUACACAUGCCAUGUGCACCAUGAAGGGCUGUCUGAGCCCCUCACCCUGAAAUGGGAGCCUCCUCAGUCCACUGUCCCCAUCAUGGCAAACAUUGCUGUUCUGGUUCUCCUUGGAGCUGUGGCCAUCAUUGGAGCUGUGGUAGCUGUUGUGAAGAUGAGAAGGAGAAACACAGGUAGAAGAAGAGAGAACUAUGCUCCGUUUCCAUUGUGAAGACAGCUGCCUGUCCUGACAGAGUGACAGAGAUGUGCUCAGGUCUCUCCUGUGACAUCCUGAGCCCCUCAGUUCACUCUCAGCAACAGUGUCUGAUGUUCCCUGUGAUCCUGUGGGCUCAAUAUGAAGAACUGGGGAGCCACACACCCCCUGCACACCAGGACCCUGUCACUGCACUGCCUGUGUUCCCUUCCACAGCCAACCUUCCUGGUCCAGCAGACAGGAGGGGACAUCUCCAUCCUGUCACCUCCAUGCUGCCCUGAGCUGCAGCCCCCGACUCCCCACUGAAAAUAAGAAUCUGAAUGUGAACUUGAUGUUCACGUCCUUGAUCUGACAGGUGGAUUGGCAGGUAAAUUAAAGGAUUGAAAUACUUAGAUCUUGGGGAGGAAAUAAAUGGCCGCAUGGAGAACCUUCCA